AUGGUCACCUGGCAGGGAGAGAAGUCGAGUGGGGUUCACAUGGCCACCAGAGCACCCUGGAGCCACUGGACCCCACCAGUGGCCUUGGAAGGGCGGGGAAGGGGCUGGCCGGUCCCGGCGGCGGUGGCGAGGAGGGGGCGCGGAGGCGCAGCUCCACCUCCUCAGUCUCCCAAUCGCGUUACAGGCGGAGCCGCCAGAGUUUCCCUUCGCGCGGAGAAGUGUGUUCCCAACUCUGAGGACCGAAGCCGCCCACCACUCACCCGGGCUGCCCCUGCCCGGCGGGAUCCAGGCCUCAGGCAAUCCCACUUCGGGAACCCGGGUCCUGGCCGCCCCGGCCCGAGCCCUGCACUCACCGCCCGGCCGGGCCCGCGGGAUGUGCGCGCCGAGGCGGGCGCCGGCCGCUCUGGCCUCAGGAUCUGCGCGCGGCGGCCUCCCCCCGCAGAGGCCUGUACCUGGACCCACCUCAAGCUGAGAAGCCUUGGCAAGUCUGGACUCCCUCACUGGCAAACACCUGGGCCUUCUGCAGAGGAAACUUUGGCAGAUGGGUUCUCUCCUGAGGCCCAUUUGUGCCCUGUGCAGGGCCCUUCACACUUUGGCAUGCUCAAAACAUGCAGAAGCUGGGACCCAGCCCAUCCUAUUAUGACUUAUGGAGGACUCUGGCUCAAGGCCAUUGGCACAGCUUCCUGGGAGGCAAAAUACACAUCACCUGAAAGCUACCAAGGCUUCCACAGGCCAGGGGAAGCCUCAACCAGGAAGUUGAGGUCAUCCACACUGACCGCUGCCCUAAGAGCUAACACUACAGACACCCUCUUCCCACCUCUCACCCAUUACCAAGGGUCUCCUGUCACUCUCACCUUCCAGGCUCUGUGUCUUUCAAAUUCUCCCUCCCCAACCUCUCAGGUCACCUUUGUUCCUCCACCCCCACUUCUAACACCUGAGUCCAGGCUCUCAGCAUCUGGUCUGCACUAGCAUGGCCAUCCCCCCCCCAGUUCCUUCCCCCCUGACCCCUGACCUCAGAGGCCCAACCUGACACUCAAGGUCCUCCACCUCAUUCUCUAUCUUAAGCCCCACAACUCCUCCACACCCGUCACCACCUCAGCCAGGACAGUUUGCCCCCAAUUACUCACCCACCUUGGCUUUCCUGCUUCUGUAGCUUGUGGGGGCCCUUUCCACAUGCCUGGAAUCCUCCCCCAAAUGCAUUCACUCAAGUGUACACCCUUCAGAAUCUACCCUGCCCCAGAGAGGAAUCUAAGACUUAAGAAUCCUCUUAUCUGUACACAGAUAUGGCGCCUCCUGCCCCAUCAAGAGUGUGAACACUAAGUGCAGAGGUCAUUCCAUCCCAUGGCAUUCUGGGGAACCACUACAAGCCAAGGAUGGAGUGACCAGAUAAUUGAAGGAUGAGGUCCUCGGAGGGUCAGAGAACCCAGGGGGCCGUUUGCACUGUGCUUGCUGCCGAAGUCUGAGCACAGGCUCCAAGAAGGGAGGGUGCUUCAUGGGAAACGGCCUAGAAGAAGGGGCAGGCAGCAGGCUAGACUUGAACUCCUGGGCUCAAGCGAUCCUCCUGCCUCAGCCUCCCAAGUAUUGGGACUAUAGGUGUGUGCCACCAUGCCCAGCUCUGUCCCCAGCAACAUUUAUCAUAUCAACCAUUCCCCCAAUCUCUCUUCACUACUCUCCUCUGGUCACUCCUCUCCCCCAUGACAGAGAAGUGAUCCAGAAGAGAGAAAGUAACCAUGGUCACCAAUAAGCAGGCAGCAGGCUAGGUUCCACUCACUGAAACCCUCAGGCCAUCUGACACAGGAAGGUCAGACAAGCAGAGGGCAGGCCAGGAAAUCCAAAACAAAAAUCCAGGCCUCAGGAGUAUAUUCAAAACAGUCCUGAAAAGAGGACCAAGAGAUGGGAGAGAACAAAACGGGCAAGGAUGCUAACUCAAGGCCCAAUCUUCAAGUCAUGGAUCUCAAUUUCCAAGGGACAAAACUCAGUCUGAAGUAAAUUGUUUUAAAUAAAAACUUAAGACAUUUUAAUUAGA